AUGUACGCAAUUGUACUUCCCUUGGCAGCUUUGCUGAGCGUCUUAUUCUACUUCAUCGUCUAUCCCUUGAUCGAAUACUUCCGAGACCCCAAAAGACUUCGUCGAUUUCCGGCUUUCAAGCCCUUAGCCGGCGUGACCAAUCUAGUUUUCAUGCGCGAAGCUGCACUCGGCUUCCGAUCCAAGACUCUCUAUGAGAAGCACAAGAAACAUCCGGUGCUUCGGACAGGGCCCAACUCGCUUUCGUACGGUACCAUUGAUGCAAUCAAGGACAUCUACGGGCACGGAACCAAGUGUCUCAAGGGCGAGUUCUACGAGACGUUGGCUGGAACUCACUUCCACCUAGCCGACGUAGUCGAUAAGGCAGACCACGCCCGGAAACGCAAGGUUCUGUCGGCGGCAUACGCAUUGAAGAACCUCGAGAACUGGGAACACAAAGUGGCUGACAAGACUGAACGCUUCAUCGUCGGUUGCGACAAGGCCUGUACCCAACCUCUGAAGGGGGUCCUUCGUCCAGACGCGGCCGAUCUUACUUUCGAUUACCGAGCGUGGACGAACUACUUCACUCUCGACGCUAUCGCUGAUAUAGGUCUGUCUGAGAAACUGGGAUUUCUAGACCAGGGUCAUGAUCUCGUGCGCGCCGAGCGCAUGGACGGAUCCAUUCACGAGGUGAAUUACAGAGCCUGCCUGCAUUCCACUGCCGUCGCCCAGUCCAUCACCGUUUGGGCUGGUGAUUGGUACAAGUUCAAUCAUCGUCUGACGUCUCUGAUCUCGCCAACUUUUCGUCGAUGGUGGAACCUGAACAAGGGAUGGGAUGGCAUCGUCUACCACCGCGCAACCCAACGACUGAAACGCUACCAGGCUGGUGAAAAGUUGGAAGAUUUCUUCCAGGCUUUGAUGGAGGAUAAAAACGGAACCCCUAAUGGGCUCGACUGGGGCGAGAUUGUCGCAGAGGUGUCCAUCAUGAUGAAUGCCGGCUCAGACACAACAGCCAUCGCCAUGAACAACGUCAUGUACUGGCUAUUGAAGAAUCCCAGAUGCAUGGAAAAGUUGCGCGAGGAAAUUGAUGCCGUUCUGGACCCUGAAGAGGUGGUUGCGCCCUACGACAAGGUCAAGCACUUGCCGUACCUCAGGGCGUGUCUCGACGAGUCUCUCCGGAUAGUGCCGCCAACGACCUUUGGUCUUCCGCGACGAACGCCGCCUGAGGGGGCGUAUGUUCUUGGAGAUUUCAUCCCUGGAGGUACGACGGUUUCCAUCUCGGCUUACAUCGUCCACAGAGAUCCCAAGAUCUUCCCGGAACCCGAGUCCUACAUCCCGGAGCGCUGGCUCGGUGACAAGGGCAAGGAACUGCAACCGUACUUUGUCAGUUUCAGUGCCGGCGCACGAGGAUGCAUCGGACGGAAUAUCAGUUACCUGGAGCAGACGGUUUUGUUGGCGAGUGUCUUGCACAGAUAUAACUUCGCCUUGCCCUUCCCCGCGUGGGAACCGGAGAGGCGGGAGGCCAUGAACCUGAUGCCGAGUCCAAUGCCUUUGAAGGUUUGGCGCAGGGAGUCAAAGCAGGAAGAAUAA